AUGGCCAGCACCAGCUUCGAUCCCCGAAAACACGUCGGCGUCGGCGCAGAGCGCGUCACGCACGUCUCGAGCACGGACUACCCCGGCGUGUAUCCGGGGGAGGACCACAGCUGGAGCCUGGACGGCUUCAGGGAGCGGUUGCAAGUGAGUGUGAAGCGGCUGUCGAAUCGGUCUGUCGAGUUUGAUCUUGUUGGGGUGGAUGCGAGCAUCGCGAACUCGCUGCGACGCGUGCUCAUCGCCGAGGUGCCCACCGUCGCGAUCGAAUAUGUAUACGUGUGGAACAACACCUCCGUCAUGGCCGACGAGAUCCUCGCGCACCGCAUCGGCCUCGUCCCGCUGAACGUCGACCCGGCUCUAAUGGCCGUCCGCGAGAGCCCCGAGCUCUCCACAGACCGCAACACGCUCGUGUUCAAGCUGCACGUCGCGUGCUCCGUGCGCAAGCCCGAGCAGCGCCCGACGUGGGAGUUCGACGACGACGCGCGCUUCGUGAACCACACCGUGCGCGCGGGCGACUUUGUGUGGGAGCCGCAGGGCGAGCAGGGGGAGGUGUUCGCGGAGCGGCCGCCGGGGCCUACGAAUCCGGACGUGGUGCUUAUGAAGCUAAGGCCGGGGCAGGAGAUUGAUUUAGAGAUGCAUGCCAUUAAGAGUGUGGGGAAGGACCAUGCCAAGUUCUCGCCCGUCGCGACGGCCAGCUAUCGCUUGCUGCCCGCUAUCAUCCUGAAGAAGCCUAUCCCGCGCGAGCAUGCGAGGAAGUUCGCGCAGUGUUUUACGCCGGGGGUUAUCACUGUUGAUGAGGCGACGGGCGAGGUGGGUGUGGAUCCGGAGCGGGUACGGGCGGAGUCGAUGAGUCGGGAGGUGCUUCGCCAUCCGGAGUUCGAGGGUUGCGUCGAGCUCGCGCGUGUACGAGAUCAUUUUAUCUUCAACGUAGAAACCGAGUCGGCGUACGAGCCGCAACGAUUACCAUUGGAGAGCAUUCGCAUUAUGCGCGACAAGAUCGCCGCAUUACGCGAGGCCGCACUUUCACUCACCACUCCCGAUGGCACUGAAGAUCAGAUGGCUGUUGACCCAUAG